GGUCUCGGGAACCAGUCCGCCCCGCGGGCUUUGAAGGGCGGCGGGCUGCAGGGUGAGGGUGGCUUCCUGGCCGGACUUCGGCGCCGGCCCCGUACCCCUGUGAAGGCCCGUCCACCGCGGAGGAGCGGGGCUUUUCUCCAUCGCCCGCCGCCGCCCUCUCCGCCUUCGGAGCUCUCCCGGGAUACCCAUUUCCCCGGGGUCGGGAGCCCGAGGGGCGCGCUCGGUUCUCCCGCUCCUGCUCUUCAGCCUGCUCGGCGAGCGGCCGCCGACACCUCGCCAGGCGUGACGAGCUGGGCCAGCACCCCGCGUGCGGGACCGCCUCCCGUGACCCUGAUGCCCCGGCGGGAAGAGUGCUGUGGGCGCCCGUGGCUGGAGCUGUGGAGGUAUCCCCUUGGCGAGAGCGGCCAGGACACCGGUCACUGUUAAGUUUUCUGUGCGCACGUUGCAAGGACCGAGUGUGAGUCUGGCUGGAUAAUAUUCCAUUGUCCGGAUGUACCACAGUUUAUCCAUUCACUUACUGAAGGACAUCUUGGUUGCUUUCAAGGUUUGGUAAUUAUGAACAAAGCUGCUGUAAACAUCUGCGUGUUGGUUUUUGGACGUAAGCUUUCAGCUCAUUGGGUAAAUACCAAGGAGUGCAGUUGCUGGAUUGUAUGGUAUAAUUUGGCCUCCUGAGAUUCUGUCUUAGGAAGAAGAAAGUGGAAAAUACUCUUGGAAAGAAAAUUAAGACAAUAAGAAAGCCAGGACUUAUUUUUACAUGGUUGUCAGCUCACUUACCAAUAUGGACACUUUUCCCACCAUUUUUCCUCCUGGUGGAGACAGUGGACUGACAAGUUCUCAAUCUGAGUUCCAAAAAAUGUUAAUUGAUGAACGGUUACGAUGUGAACAUCAUAAAACUAAUUAUCAGACUCUGAAAGCUGAACACACAAGGUUGCAGGAUGAGUACAUAAAGUCACAAAAUGAACUCAAGCGCCUAUUAAAUGAAAAGCAAACUCACCAGGAAAAAUUUCAGCUGCUGCUUGAAGAGCUACGAGGGGAAUUAGUAGAGAAAACCAAAGACUUAGAAGAAAUGAAGCUGCAGGUAUUAACUCCACAGAAGUUGGAAUUGUUACGAGCCCAAAUGCAACAAGAACUAGAAACUCCAAUGAGAGAACGUUUUAGGAAUCUGGAUGAAGAAGUGGAAAAGUAUAGAGCUGAAUAUAAUAAGCUUCGCUAUGAACAUACAUUUCUCAAAUCAGAAUUUGAACACCAGAAAGAAGAAUUUGCACGUAUUUUAGAAGAACAGAAAAUAAAAUAUGAAUCAGAGAUUGCACGACUGGAGAAAGAUAAAGAAGAGCUACAUAACCAGCUGCUUAGUGUUGAUCCCACAAGAGACAGCAAACGAGUGGAGCAACUUGUUCGAGAAAAAGUCUGUUUGUGUCAGAAAUUAAAAGGCUUAGAGGCUGAAGUAGCAGAAUUAAGAGCUGAAAAAGAGAAUUCUGGUGCUCAGGUAGAAAAUGUCCAAAGAAUUCAGGUGCGGCAGUUGGCUGAGAUGCAGGCUACAGUCAGAUCCCUGGAGGCUGAAAAACAGUCAGCAAAACUACAGGUUGAACGCUUGGAAAAAGAGCUACAAUCAAGCAAUGAACAAAACACUAAUUUAAUUAGUAAAUUGCAUAAAGCUGAACGGGAAAUAAAUACAUUGACCAGUAAAGUAAAAGAACUUAAACAUUCAAACAAACUAGAAAUAACAGACAUCAAACUGGAGGCAGCAAGAGCUAAGAGUGAGCUAGAAAGAGAAAGGAAUAAAAUUCAAAGUGAACUGGAUGGAUUACAGUCAGACAAUGAAAUUCUCAAAUCAGCUGUUGAACACCACAAAGUGCUCUUAGUAGAAAAGGACCGUGAAUUAAUACGUAAAGUACAAGCUGCCAAAGAAGAAGGUUAUCAAAAACUUGUGGUAUUACAAGAUGAAAAGCUAGAACUUGAGAACAGAUUAACGGAUUUAGAGAAAAUGAAAGUGGAACAUGAUGUCUGGAGGCAGUCUGAAAAGGAUCAGUGUGAAGAGAAGUUGCGAGCUUCACAGAUGGCAGAAGAGUCGGCCAGAAGGGAACUUCAGAGUAUUAGGUUAAAACUUCAACAACAAACUGUGAAUAUUGAAAAUGUGGAGAAAGAAAAAAAUGAAAAUUCUGACCUGAAACAGCAAAUCAGUAGUUUGCAGAUACAAGUGACUUCACUUGCACAGUCAGAGAAUGAGUUGCUGAAUUCAAACCAAAUGCUGAAGGAAAUGGUGGAGAGCUUAAAACAGGAAUGCCGAAAUUUAAGAAGCCAAGCUGGAAAAGCCCAACUAGAAGUUGAAAAGGCAUUGGAAGAGAAACACAUACAGUGGUUGGAGGAAAAGCAUAAGCUUCAUGAACGUAUCACUGACAGAGAAGAAAAGUAUAAUCAAGCUAAAGAGAAAUUGCAGCGAGCUGCAAUUGCCCAAAAAAAGAGAAAAUCUCUUCAUGAAAACAAACUGAAGAGACUGCAGGAAAAGGUAGAAAUCUUGGAGGCAAAGAGAGAAGAAUUGGAAACAGAAAAUCAGGUGUUAAAUAGACAAAAUGUUCCAUUUGAAGAAUAUACAAGGCUUCAAAAAAGGCUAAAGGAUAUACAGAGAAGACAUAAUGAAUUUCGAAGUUUAAUUUUGGUUCCUAAUAUACCUCCAACAGCAUCCAUCAAUCCUGUUAGUGUGCAGUCAUCAACUGUGAUUCCAGGCAUGGAACUAUCUUUUCCUCCUCAUAUGCAGGAGGAACAGCAUCAAAGGGAACUCUCUCUACUUCGCAAAAGACUAGAAGAACUAGAAACAACACAAAGAAAACAACUAGAGGAACUUGGAUCUCCUGGGGAAUGAUUUUCUUGGAGAAAAGGCAGAUCAAAAGGGAUGAAAUCAGUGACUCAAUAAAGCUUGAAGUUUUAACGUAUGUGGCAUUUAGAUACUUUAUUACUGUUUGCCAAAACACCUGAACGUGCCUCAAGAAAAGGUACCAGUACAUGAUGUAUUGCAUGAGUGUCAGGAUUUUAGGGUUAUACUAGUGAUAAGUGAAGCACUGAAACAGCUUCAGAGAUAUAUUUAGAAUGUUAUUGACAACCCUUUGAGAAUGUAAAAUAAAUGAAUAAAAGGGACUAAUUGGGAAUCAAGUUUUUAAAUUUUAUUAAUUUUACUUUGUUGAAUUUCUUUUUGGCAUUUUGCCUAAAAUAUGCCCAUGUUGAAUUCCCUCUUCUUUUGAGAUGCUUGGCAAUAACAGGGUCAGUAAACAUUUUCUGGUUUACUAUAUCUAAGAGUUAUAAACCGCUAGUUCUUGAAAAAAGAUGACAAUUUAAAAGUUAGCAUAAAAAAUAAAACUUAAAGAUAUCUAUACCUUUUCUAAAAGCUGUGUGCACAUAAUUUAUUAAAGAGCUUAAUAAAUAUUUUUCUAACUACAUAGUUUUGUGUUUUUGUUUUAACCAUACCAUGUAGAAGAUCUAAUUUUGGCUUCGUUGAGUUAGAAUUAAUAGAAAAUAACAAAGUACAAAAUAAUUAAAUCCUUUGGCUGUAUAAGACAAGGGCCAUUCACUGUAAAACUUGAACCCAGUAGGGUCCCUUUAGAAAUAUUAUUGGUAUUUAACUUUUCCUCCUACUGUUUUGGAUCUAACCAAAUUGUUAUAAAUGUUUUAUUUCUGUGUGUCCCUAACUAUGCCAUCAUUUGCUUUUUUAUGUAACAUCUUUUAAAGGCAUUCUGCUGGAAUAACUUCACGUCAAUAAUAAGGUAAAGCUCAAGUCUGCCAGACUAAGUGGAAUGUUCAUUAUCCAGGAGUCUUCACAUUCAAAAGUCCAAGUUGAUAGUGGAGGCCAGGGGUGAAACUGUGCAGCUUAACAUCGUUUAAAAGAAACUAGAUUUACUUACUAUAUAACAUAGCUGCUGAUUUACAGAGCAUGUAACAGACACUUUGUUUCUGAAAAAUUACCAUGGAGCCACUUAGAAUUUAAAAAUCUCUUAUAACCAGAAAAUUUGAAGCAGGAAAAAGAUAAAAACAGUCCACAUCUACAUCAAAAUGUUUAUUUUUGGAUAUAGACAUUUAAAACAUUCAUGUCCAAGAACUGCUUCAAUCAGGUAUACAAUAAGAAACAGACUUUAAAUCCCUAAUACAGAAAAAGGUAACAGAAUUAAUUUUUAAAUGCUGCUGUAGACACUAGUGUUAGAAAAAAAAAAGUUUAUAAAUGGUUUUGCACCAAAAAAAUAUGCAAAGAAACUUGAAAAUAGAAACUGUUUGCCAUUUGUUUCUCUGGUUGUUUAAUAUAGACCCAGUGACUGAUUGUCUUUAGCACACAUCUAAUUUGGCCAUUUACUGCAUUUGGCUAAUGUGAUGCAAAAUGUGAUCUAGAUAGUGCUUUUCACUGGAGGAUUGACAAACAUGCUACAUACGUUAGUGAAUCUUCACACCACCUCAGUGAGGUAGGUUAGAAAUAUUAUACAGAAAUUGAGGCACAAAGAGGUAAGUGACUUGCCCAAAGUUCCCAGCAGCACAGUCCCUGGAAAAGAAGGUGAGUCUCCACACAGGACUCAUGUGCCAGAGAGCUGGACAGGGACACCCUCAUGUAGCAUUUACUCUGAAUACUUAGAUAAAGCUGUAGCUGAUCCUUUGAGAUUUCUUAGCAUUUCUGUACCCUAAAGAGGGGAAGUCUUUUGGGCAACUCUCCUACCCUUGGCUCUCAACUCUCCUACUAUCCUCUUGUAAACCCCUUCAUAUCAAGACUGUAGCAGCCUUAGAUGGGGACCAGACCUCUCACCUUUACAAGUAACUGAUUUGGUAGUAUUUUUGAGGUGUGUCCAUUGGACAGAUAAGGGUCCAAAGCGACGGGAUUGGGAAGGUGCCUAUCAGGGCAAUAAAUGCUUGUUUUCUCUGAUCAGUUUGUUGAGGUGUCACCGCUCACUCUUUACCAGGUAGUGAGGAGCAAAAAGAAAGAACUGCAUUCAUUUAAAACCAAUUCACAUUAAAUCCUGAGAGCCCGUAUCCCAUACAGUGUGGGUGAAUGAGUUUAAGGAAUGUGUGAUUAAUGUUUUAUUUGGUACUUGAAAAAAUUUCUUUCCUCAAUCUGGGAUUUGGAGUACCAAGGAUAAAGGUGCCACAAGGAAAGUUUGAGAGUUGCCAAUUACACCUCUUACUUCUGGUUUAAUAGAAGGAAAACACAGUGGUAUUAAAAUUGGUCAUGAGCAGCAAAAAUUCAGGAAUAAAAAAUCAGCAAUAAAAAGACUACAAUAUAACUAGAUAGGGAAUUCUUUUAAAAAAAGGCAUGAAUAAAACAGGUAUUUUUUAACUUUCUCUUGUAAGGAAUACUUUCAAAAAGUACAUAGUAAGACUAAGAUACCAAGUUGUAUACUAAUAUUUUUCAGGCCAUGGGCCUCAAAUAUAUAUUCAUAUAUAAUACUCCAAUGUGAACAGCAAUUUCAUGAAAUGUAAAAUGUAUCUUUUUAAAAUCACACACAAGUAUUUAUAACCACAGGGUUCACCAGAAAUCUAAAGCAAGGAGAUAGUAGUAUAGAAAUGUAGGAUUAGGGGUGCAAGUUACUCUUCCACAGAUAGUUCUGAUCAAAGUUUUUAGACAGAAAUAAGCUAAUGAUUUUUUUUUUUAACCACAGCCAACAUGUCCACUAUCAAAUAUAUUUAAUAUGAAACAAAAGGAAGCAAAGGUACAUACUUUACAGUGUCUGGGUGGAAUGCUGUCGCA